UGUGGCUACACGCGAGUAGGUUUCGAAUUCACCUGUUGUACUUCGACCAGGAAAAGGCAGAAAUUGAUCAUUGUUUUCAGUCUGCUAGGUUUUUUCAUGAUUCUUCGAAGCACGCGAUAAGAGUUUGGCGUGAAUUGGAAAUUAGGUUGGUUAGCCUGGACCUACAUGGACAAAUUAAAAAAAGUUUUGAGUGGACAAGAUGGUACUAAUAAUGACGACAGCAACAUAUUACAGACCGUAAACGAUGCCUCAACCCUGAGCUGGGGCACCCGCGUCAAGGGCUUUGCCAUUUGUUUUGUCCUGGGAGUUCUCUGCUCUGUGCUGGGAACAUGCCUAUUGUGGAUUCCGGGUGCAGGGCUGGCUGUAUUUGCAGUUUUGUACACUGGUGGAAACUUAGCUUCUCUGGCCAGCACAAUGUUCCUGAUGGGUCCACUUAACCAGCUCAAGAGGAUGUGCGAGAAGACUAGGGCACUGGCCACGGCUAUUAUGCUGACAUGUUUCGUACUGACCCUUUGUGCAGCGUUUUGGUGGAAGAACAACGGCCUUGCUUUGCUCUUCUGCAUUCUCCAGUUCUUGGCCUUUGCCUGGUACGGUUUGUCCUACAUUCCUUUUGCAAGGGAUGCGGUGAUGAAGUUGUUCUCUGCAUGUUUGAACUGAGCUGGGCCUGAAGGCGUCGAGUGUUUGGUUGGGCAGGAUGCUGAGGCCACACCACACACCCCAAACGUCCCAGCUGCCCAACACCACUCUGAUGGCCCACGCUGCUGAAGCACCCUCUUACCACCUGGCAUGCGCAUGUGUGCACACACACACACACCACACACACACACCACACACCGACACACACACACACACAC